AUGGAUCUUGGAGGGUUGGUUUCUGGUCUGGUCUCAUAUUCAGUGUAUCUUAUGACAAGACCUUUCUUUUUGUGCAUAUCUGCAUGUAUGUUCUGUCUUAGAACAGCUCUUGUUACAACCUUUGUGUCAACUGAUAUCGUGAGCUCUGCUAUUUGGUUCAACUUAAGUUUGUUCUGGAGAGCUGUGUGGGGCUCAAUCUGGGGAUCUAUUCUCCUCUUUACGUUCCCGAUUCGCUUCUUCGCCUCGAUACCAAGGGAACGACUGCUUGAGCAGAGUAUUUAUGAGUUGCGGUACGAGCUGGAGAGUCUUGAAUGGAAUAGAAAAGAAAUAGAGGAUAAUCUCCGGAAAGCAAUUAAAGAAUAUCGACUCAUGGAACGCGAAUUAGAUGAACUAGAAGAUGAAAAUGAUGAAGCCAUUUCCAGAAUAAAGAAGCUCGAGAUUGAGUUGCAAGAGAUAAAGGAAGAAUAUAUUCGGCUAAAGGAAGUUCAAGGAAAAGAUAACUGGACCAUGAAAGGCCAAGUUAAACCGGAGGAAGAACCGAGCGAAAUUCGCAACAUCCAAAAGCCGAAGCAUAUUCCUUACGGGUCAAAGGGAAAAUCCGAGUUCACAUCGGUUAAAUCGCCUCUUUACCCAUUUGCAAAAUCGUCAAUCCCAAGAGAAGAAGAACUAACACCAAGAGUUCUCGCUUUAGAGAGAGACGUUGCGGUUUCAAGAAGCGUGUUCAGCGCAAUGCUUGCACUCGUGGUGGGUAUAGUAAUAUAUGGAGCCAAAGAACAAGAGCUAUGCACUCCACUCAUAGGAGCACUCUUCACUGUGGUUGGUAUCUCUUUGAGAAGCGUGGUUCAAUUUUUCUCCACGGUUAAGAAUAAACCGGCUUUAGAUGCAGUUGUUCUUAUGAGCCUCAAUUGGUUUAUCGUUGGUACUCUUACUUACCCGACUCUACCGAGAAUCGCUCGAAUGGUGGUCCCACGAGUCUUUAACACUGCUGGCUCAGUCAUGAUGACUUUCCUCGGUAGUGAUUCGGUCCCCUCGCCGCCCGAGCCUGUGAACUAUGUUGGUUAA